AUGUAUUUACAAGUGCGUUUGCGUGAAGAAGAUCAGGUGUUUCAAAAAUUGGUUUGGCGUGAUGAUCCAAGAAAGCCGUUGGAGGAUUAUUGCUUAACAACAGUGAUUUUCGGUCUAAAUAGUUCUCCAUUUUUAGCGGUUGCAACGGUACAAAAUCAUGUAAAGAAUGAAUCAGAGCAUUUUCCUGAGGCAUGUAAUAUCAUUAAAAACGAUUCAUAUAUGAAUGAUGUUAGCAGUGGUUGUGGUGAUCUUUCAAAAGCCAAAAAUUUAAGAAAAGAAAUCACACAAGUCUUGGCUGAUGCAGGUUUUCCAUUAAGAAAAUGGGUCACAAACAGUAAGGAGCUAUUGCGGAGCAUUCCAUUUGAUCAACAAGAACAACAGUUCAAAGAAUUUAAUACUGACAAAUAUGUUUUGGCGCUUGGCCUGAAAUGGUAUUUUGAACAAGACAGCAUCGGUUUUAAAACAAAAAUGGACGCAAGUAAAAAUAAAUUCACAAAAAGGUCAAUUUUGUCUCAAAUUGCUUCGAUUUUCGAUCCAUUGGGUUUGUUAGCUCCAAUUAUUAUUUACAACAAAAUUUUAAUGCAGCAAAUUUGGAGAGAAAACAUCGGAUGGGAUGAUGAAGUCAGCAAGCAGGUAGUCGAAAAAUGGAAUGCAUUCAAAGACCAGAUAGCAUUAAUUGAUCAAAUAAAACCGCAACGAUGGCUUCGGUGUUCAACUGAUUUAGAGAUUGAACUUCACGGAUUCGCAGAUGCAUGUGAUGCAGCAAUGGGUGCUUGUAUUUAUAUGAAAGUUUACGAUGAAGAUGAGGUGCAUGUUAAUUUAUUUACUGCUAAAACAAAGGUAGCACCAAUUAAGAAGUUGACAAUUCCAAAAUUGGAACUUUGUGCAGCAGUGUUGCUGGUAAAAUUAAUGCAAAAGGUUAAAAAAUCACUCAAAAUGGAGUCGGUUGUUACGCACUAUUGGUCGGAUAGUGAGAUAACUUUGGCAUGGAUAAGAGGCGAGCCAAGCAGAUGGAAAACGUUUGUUGCGAAUCGAGUUUCAAUCGUGCAGCAGGUCACUGAAAAGUCACAGUGGCAUUACGUAAAUACCAAAGCAAAUCCUGCGGAUCUCGCUUCAAGGGGUCUUUUGCCAAAACAGUUGAUUGAUAACAAGCUUUGGUGGCAUGGUCCAUCAAUUUUGUUAAAUAAACUAUAUAGCAACAUUCAUGACAAAACUUUUGAGACCAAUUUAGAGAAAAAAAAUAAUAAAACAACAAUUAUGCAUGCUAAAGCGGAAAUUAAUGUUUUGGACAGAUUUUCAACUUUAAAUAGAGCUAUUCGCUCAAUCGCAUUUUGCAAAAGAUAUAUGAAGCAACUCAAAUUACAUAAUAACACAAAACAAUUAUUGGAUCCAGAAACAGCCAAAUUGCAAAGUAAACAUCAAGUAUUGGAUAUCGACGAGUUAAAUGAUGCUAAAUUUACUCUUAUUAAAUUAUGUCAAGCAGAAUUUUUUAAAGAAGAAAUAAAUGAUUUAUUUAAUGCCAAUCAAUUUUCGAACAAAAGCAGUUUAAAACCUCUCUAUCCAUUUUUGGAUGGUAAUGGAAUUUUGCGAGUUGGUGGCAGAUUACAAAAUUCAGCGUUUGACUACAAUAAAAAACAUCCGAUUAUUAUUCCGUAUGGAUGCAAAUUAAUGAAAUUGAUUAUUGAUGAUGCGCACAAAAAAACGUUACAUGGUGGAAAUCAGUUGACUUUGUGUCAAAUACGUCAUGAAUACUGGGUUAUUGCUGCAAAAAGAGCAAUUAAAACUUAUAUAAACAACUGCGUCGUUUGUCAUCGAUUUAGAAGUCAAAAUUCGUUUCAGUUGAUGGGUAGUUUACCACCAGCAAGGACAAUGAUGGUGGAUAAAGCGUUUACCAACACUGGAACAGAUUUGUGUGGUCCAAUUUGGCUACGCAUGAUGGCAGCGAGAGAUAAUGAGCAAGCAAUCAAAGAUUUUAAUGAACAAGUGGAACAGGGGUUAGCAAAUAUGGCCACAAAAUUCCAUUUCAAUCCAAGUAUAAGUCCAUGGAUGGGUGGCAUUUGGGAGCGCGGUGUUGGGUCCAUAAAAUACCAUCUCAAAAGAACCAUAGCGGAUAGAAUUUUAACAUAUGAGGAACUUUCUACAGUGUUAACUCAAAUUGAGGCAAUUUUAAAUUCUCGACCUAUCACGCCUAUGACGGAAAAUCCAGAGGAUUUGGACGUUUUGACUCCAGGACAUUUCUUGAUUGGAAGUUCAUUGACUGCGCCAAUUGAACCAAAUUUGUUGCAAGCAAGGGAAAACCGUCUUACACGCUGGGAUUUAUGUAUGCGUAUGAAACAGGAAUUUUGGACAAAAUGGUCGAAUGAUUAUAUUUCUAAACUUCAGACACGCUCAAAAUGGAAAAAUCCACAAAAAAAUUUAAUGGUUGGAGAUAUGGUGCUUAUGAUGGAGGAAAAUACACCGCCUUUACAUUGGCCAUUGGGACGAGUAUCGAAAAUUUAUCCGGGAAAUGACAAUUUGAUGACAGAAACAGAGGAAGAAUUUUCUCGUACCAGUCACUGGGCAACAAGUUAUACUAUGAUGGCAGCGCUUGAAUUUGAAAAACAACAACAAGCAAUUCUUGAAAUGUUGGCAAGUGAAAAAAGAUUAGUUCCGCAAUGGUUGAAACCGGAUGUUUUAACGUCACAAAUACAAUUGAUUUCAGAAAAUUUACGACAAAAUCUUCGAUUAAUCGGUGACAAUGUGAAUGAUCAAAUGUUAGCAAUUUAUAAAUUAUCAACGGUGGAGGUAUUUUCAACUUCACAAGUUCUAGCGAUCAUGGUGCAAAUACCGCUAAUUGAUACAAAUCAAUUCAACUGUUAA